CUCUCUCUCUUGAUCUUAUCUCUUCCUUCAUGUUAUUAGUUUGGAUCAUCAUCACCAGUUACAAAAGCAAAGCCCUUCUCUUGUGUUCAUUUGUUGUAGUUAAUAGUUUAGAGCUGUUUGGGUGUGGGUUUUGAGGCUUUUUUUGGGAACCAACCAAACAAUGGAUUUGUUGAACUCGGUGCUGAAUUGGGUUGUGCCACCGGCAAGUUUAGUGAUGAUGGCGUUUGCUUGGCCAGCAUUGACCUUCAUCACUGGUUGUGAGUGGCUUUACAAUACGUUCAACAGUGAACCUAUGGAAGAUAAAGUGGUUAUAAUUACAGGAGCUUCUUCUGGCAUUGGGGAGCAAAUUGCAUAUGAAUAUGCAAAGAGGGGGGCAAAGCUUGUAUUAGUUGCAAGAAGAGACAACAGACUGCGACUGAUCAGUGAGAAUGCAAGGCAUAUGGGUGCAAAGCAUGUCAUGAUUGUAGCUGCAGAUGUUGUCAAGGAAGAGGAAUGUAGGCGAUUCGUCAAUGAAACCAUAAACUUCUAUGGGCGAGUGGAUCAUCUGGUAAACACCGUAAGUUUAGGACAUACGUUCUACUUCGAGGAAGUUACAGACACCACUGUCUUUCCCCAUUUGUUGGUAAGGAUUGCAAAACUGAAUGCACAGAACUCCAAAAAUGUUGCUCUUCCUCACCUACGUCAAACCAAUGGAAAGAUCAUUGUUAAUGCAUCAGUUGAGAGCUGGUUACCCCUGCCGAGAAUGAGUUUGUAUGCAGCAGCAAAGGCAGCUCUGGUAAACUUUUAUGAGACACUCAGACUAGAAGUAGACCAUGAGGUAGGGAUAACAAUUGCAACUCAUGGAUGGAUAGGGAGUGAACUGACAAGAGGCAAGUUCAUGGUAGAGGAGGGUGCCGAAAUGCAAUGGAAAGAAGAAAGGGAGGUACAUGUGACCGGUGGGCCUGUGGACGAUUUUGCAAGAUUGAUUGUAGCUGGGGCUUGUCGAGGAGAUGCGUAUGUUAAGUAUCCAAGCUGGUAUGACAUCUUCCUGCUUUACCGGGUGUUUGCACCGAAGGUUCUCAAUUGGACGUUCCGCCUGAUUCUUCCAACACAUGGCGGAAGGAGGACUUCCCUUGUUGGCACUGGGAGGCCUAUUUCAGAAGGGUAUGGAAGGCCUUUGUUCGAAGGCUCGCCUCCGAGGAAACUUCCCAGCACAUUCGCCCCCCAGAGUCCCCAGCAGCUUAAAAUGGAAUGACAAGGAAAAUAGCCAUGUUGUUAGCCUCUAUCUGGAUAUUCAGUUUGUUCAACUUGUGUUCUUUAGCCGUCACGGAGAUUUUAGAGAGUAGGAACACAGUUAUUGAAUUCAGUAGUUCAUGUAAUAAACUCUUUCGAUCAGCUUAAUAAAUUCCAUAAAGAGCAUAUCUGAUCUUAAGAUUGAUAUGAAUAGAGUGCUUUCAACAUGUUCUCUUCGUUUUUCAAUAAUUCU